AUGUCGUCAACCCGGGCUCGCUUAUUCUCAGCAGUAAUGAUGCUGGAGCAUAUCGACUGGCAGGAAGCCGCUGACCUGAUUAUCACUGGACUUGAGAAAACCAUCCUCCAAAAGCGGGUCACCUACGAUCUGGAGCGUCUCAUGGAAGGCGCGACAAAGGUCCGUACCUCCGAAUUCGGCGCAGCGAUUAUCGAAAACUUCUAA